AUGUUUUCGGCGACUUCCCGGGCCUGCUGCGAGUCGCCCAAGAGCCCUGUUGUCCGACACAUCCUGUCCCUACUGCGAGAAGUAUUCAACAUACCCCAUCUGAGCGCACGGCUGCAAUACGAGGUCCUGCACGUGUUUCGCCACCUGGACAUCGAGGUCAACGACGUCAGCUGCAAUCAUGGGCCUUCACUUUUGGCGCGCUUGAUGGCACCGCCGCCUGUGGGUCAGAAUGACGAUCUCAAGGCAGGAACCGUUCAAUUGGAACCGUUCGCAUGGAUCCGACGAUCAUGAAGCGACGAGGGCAAGGGCUGCGUGCAGACAUAGACCGACGUCAUUGAUGGGCGUGUAUCGCUCGGUGGGGUGGGUGUAAGGACGAUUUGUCUGUGUGUUUCUGUUGUGUUGUGUUGUGUUGUGUUGUGUGUGCAGCCGAAGAGACAGCCACUCUCCCCUCAACAGAUAGCAAAAGCGGACUGGACUGUCGAGGAAAUGGGGUGAGUGGCAACGAAUAUUUUCUUUGUCGUUGUUGCGGGCCUUGCUUUCAGGGGGACGAGUAUGCCAAUGUCGAGACGUGGGAGCACUACCUGGCUGCUGCUGAAGACGAGUUUGAAGACGAGACGGUGAGAUAGAUGUGACAGACAAAGUCGGAGAGCGGACGAACUUUGGGUUCUUGUGCAGGUCGGUCAGCAUGCAUCACAUCCACUCCCUGCACCCCAGCCGGCCACCACCUUCACGCCGCAUCCAGUGGAGCCGCUGCCGAGGACUGUCGCGCCGCGCCCGGCGUCCUCCUAUUCCCGACGCCCAUCAUCGGCAGCCACACCACAACACAGCGACCACAUUUCUCGGCAAGAAUUUCGAUUUUGAUCUCGACGACGCACCUCAGGAGCCAGAUCUCCAGCGCAUUGCAGGACAAAUACAGGACGAUCUGGGCCAGAAGCUCCGUCGAGAGCUGGGCACUGAGCUGAAGAUCGACGCCGGGCGCAUCACCGUCAGCCGCGAGGACUACCUCGAGAGGGGGUCAACUGAGGACGACCGGGUGCCCAUACAGCUGAAUGGUACGUACAAGGGAGAGGUCGCGCAUCUGGCAUCUAUUGUGUGUGCUUUGCAAUCAGCACCAGCGUGCGAUGUUCCAUCGGCGGGGCAGGCGUCGACUGACGACGGCUCACCGACAGGUAACCGGUAUCGGGUCGGCUCCCAACGAUUCUUCCUCUGUUUCCCCUUUUCUGCUGCUGUCUGUCAGCCAAUGCACCGCUGCUGGGGGCUGGCGGGGGGGGGCGGGGGCGCCUGGCGGGAGGGGCCCGCCUGGUGGGGUGCUGCACCACCCCCGGGUCAUGUGGGCGUUCACUAAUUUCGUCACGUGCAUGAAAGUACGUCAUCCUGGGCGUCCUUUCGGUGCUGAUGGAGAGCGUGGAGUUUCAGUGUGUCACGCGUCCGAUAUCCGAGGUUUUUCCUUUCCUGGGAACGUCACAUGUCAACGCAAGAUUGCCAGGUAGGCGAGCAAGCAGGCAGGGGGAGGAGGGAAAGACCUUGACUGACUGGUCGGCAACCUUUCUUCCUACAGGUGGCUGCACAUCCACAUCCACAGCCGACCUGCUGCCAGCGCACCUUUGCCUCCCUGUGUGCAUGGUGGAGGAGCUGACCGGCUGCCGUUUCGCCUGGCUCUCGUAUCACACUGAUGGGGCCUGGAUUGGUGGUCGAGGAGACAUGUCAUUGAAGGGAGGGGGGCGGGUGGGAGGGGCUGGGAGGGAGGGAGGGAGAGAAGAGUUCCACCACAUGUAGUUACAGGCAGUGACUUAGUGCUUGACUGCUCGUUGGGCUAUUUGCUGUGGGAUUUGUGACUUGUAUGAGUCCGUGAGCACCAGUUCAUCUGGCGAGGAUCACGCAUACGGGCUGGGCUGGCUGUCUUCCCUGCCUGCACCAGUAUUGCCUCUCGCUCUUCUUCUUUCUUUUCCUCUAGCCAACACACACACACACGACGGCCUGGUGUAUGCGGCAUACGAGCACCCUCUUCUGUAUAGGAGCACCCUCUUCAUCUGUGGCUGUCAGAGGCAUACAUGGGUGACACAGUGCAUGGGUGUCCUUUCUUUUAUGCAGGCUUUGUGGCGAUGGUUGAGGAUGCCGUGCGUUACGUGCGGACACGCGUAAGACUCACUGCACGAGGACACACGUAAGACCUCUGUUGACGUUUCUUGCUCUUCAGGGUGCACCGCAGACUCCGCCGCCAUCGUGUUCUUUUCGCUGCUGGGGGUCAUCUUCUUGCCGCUGCUGCUGUUCGUGCCGUUCAUCUCGGAGUACCGCAACUCAAACAAGAACGGGUGGGCUGCCGUGGGGGACGCGCUCGUCGACGGCGUGAAGUAUAUCACAUACGAGCACCCGGCCGAGUUCCUCAUCUGCUCGCCCUUCUCAUCGUGUCCGUUGCCGUCUUGCGCAACUACUGGAAAUCAGACAAUGACCGCAACCAGCGCACCCCAGUGGCCACCGAGGAGCAAGAGCUGUCUGCCGGUAGGGGUGGGCGAGAACAUCCAGUACGCCCACAAAAACGACACGCAGUGAAGAAUUUGAGAUGCCGCGAAAUGGAGUUCCGUGGGUCGACGUACUGUGAGGGUCAACGGGGGUGCCGCACAGAAGGCUAUCAAAGAAAGCACCACACAGGUGAAUCACGCACAGACACACACCCCAAUCGCCCAACUUGCCCACACACACACACACACAUACACACACACUUCUCCGCGUACGUAUUGUGUUUUUCAGGAUCUGAAGGUGACCCGUCGCUCCACUGCCCACGCCUCGCUCAUGAAGAAGCGCCGCAACAACAUCAGCUGCAGGAAGAGGAAGGAGGGCCACGCCAACCUCGCCCCCAUCGUAGUGGGCUACGGCGCUCCCAACACCGACCUGGGACUGCCCUUCAACCCGGCCGUCUACCAGACACGGCUGAACACGUCUGUGGGAAGACUCGCCACCCGUCAGCUGCGGAUGAAGGCGGGCAAGAAGGCGGCCGCCACCAAACGCCGCUUUCCAAGGCAAGCAUACCGCGUGGUCGCAGAGCUCCGAGAGGGCGGCCAUGCGGUGGACAUUCAGUGAGAGGGUUGCAGUGCAGAGACUAGCAAGGCAG